AUGGCCUCCGAACUUACUGUGACCCAGGCCCUCCUGGAAUGGAUCAACAGCUUCGCUCUCGGAAAGACGAUUCGCACUACUGACGAGCUCACCGAUGGCAUCAUCAUCUGGGAGAUCCUCCAGGACAUUGACCCGCAGUACUUCCUCGACGAGCUGCCGGACCGCAACACGCCCGACCACUGGCUGUCCAAGCUACAGAAUCUCAAACACAUCCACAAACUGCUCGGCAGCUACAUCCGCCAGCAACCGGACGGCUUUCCCGCCGGCCUCGAUCCGUCGCCGAACCUCGAGGUCGUCGCGGAAAAGAACUCGGUCAAGGAAACCAACAAGCUCCUGAAACUCCUCCUGAUCGCCGCCAUCCGGUCGCCCAACGCGCCCUCCUACGUCGAGACCCUCCAGACACUGAGCACGCCGACCCAGGAGACCCUGAAGAACAUUUUCGAAGAGGCCGAGAACGGCCAGCACGAGCCCAUCGACGACGACGAUGACGCCCGCGACGACCCCGCCAAACGGGACCACCCCGUCGACCUCGAGCUGCAGUUUGAAGAGCGCGUGGGCAAGGUGCUCGCGGAGAAUGACCGUCUGACCCACGAGAAGAAGGAGCUCGAGAAGGCCUUGGAGGAUCUGCACAACCGCCUCGCGCGUCUCCAGGAGAACAACGACACGCUGCAGAGCCGCCUCGCGUCCACCGAGGAUCGUCUGGGGAACCUGAAGUCGGGCAAGGGCGAUCUCAGCUUCAACACCAAGGCGCUGGAGUCCAAGUCCCGGCAGCAGGAGGACAUCAUCGCUUCGCAGGAAGUGCGGCUGGCUGCCGUGCAAGACGAGAAUGACAGCCUCCGUAUGACUGUCGAGUCGUUGCGCGUCAAGAACGAGCGGUUCCAGCGACUGCAGGAUGACUACGACGUGCUUAAGACUGAGCGGGACCAGCUCGCUCGCAAGGCGAACGCUGCAGAGAAAUACCGCUCGAAGUUGCAGGCGAGUCAGGACUUCGAGAAGGAGAACCAGGCGCUCCGCAACCAGAUCAAGGACCUUCAGCAGCAGUUGAAGGACGCCGACGCACACCAGCGGUGGACGUCUGAGCGCGACGUGGAACUGGAAGAAUAUCGCCGCGUGCUGCCGCGUAUCGAACAGGAAUGUAGCGAAAUGCAGAGCAUUAAGAAGCAGCUGGAGUUCAACAACCACGCCCUGACGGAGCGGCUGAGCAGUGCUGAAGAACAGCGCGAGAGAGACGACGCGUUGAUCAGCGAGCUGCGCGAACGUAUCCGGGAGCUGGAAGGAUCGCCUGGAAGCCCGUCUCUGACGCCGGGCAGCGAAACUCCCAAACUGCAGGGAACGUUGCAGAAGGACUUUGAGGCUAUUGGUGUGAAGGAGUCUCAAUUAAAAGCUGAGAAUGAGGAACUAAAGAAGGAGGUGGAGUCCGUCAAGGGGCCGUCGACUACGGCUGGCUCCCAGCUGGAGACCUUUUCCGAUGUGUUUGUCGAAACGUUGCAGCGCGCACGGGAGAAUUCCACCCAGGGAGAGGAAUAUUGGAAACUAUACGAGCAGUACACCUCUGUGCUCAAGAAGCUGGCUGAAAUACAAGAUUCUUUGGACGGGUCCAGGAGAGCCCUGGCCGAUGCGCAAGCAGCUGUCGACCUGGCCGGCAAGGAGAAAGUGGACAUGAUCAACGAAAUCAAGGAGAAAGACUCUGCGGAGUUGACCAAGAUGCGCGAGGAGUGGGAUGAGUCGCAACAGAAGAUCUACAAUCUCCAAGCCGAAAUCGAUUCCAGCUUGGCCUUGGUCCGGGAAACCUGCGCGGAGCGAGACGAGCUGCGUGGAAUGCUCGACAACCGACAGGAUACGAUCGCCGAGAGCCGCGUGGAGGACCAGGAGACGAUGGAAGAAAUGAAGAGGCUGUUGGCCGAGAUUGCCGCGCAAGACAGCGGCGAUGCUUCGGAAGCGUCCCAGAAGUCUGGCGUCGAACUCACGAAGCAGGUCAUGGAGCUGAUUGAGAAGAACCUAGAACGACUGGCGAAGCGUGCAGAGUAUAUACACAACCAGAACGAGCACAUCAAAUUCCUCCAGGAACGACUCAAGCGUUUCGAGGACGACAACGAGGUCAUCAGCAAGGAGCGCGAGAUGGAGCUCCAGAAAAUCAUCGACGCCCAGACACGAGAACUCGCCUUGAUGAGCUCCUCGUGGUACGAGUUGCAGAGUCGACUGCAGAACAACAAUGUCACCAUUUCAAGAUACCGCCACGGAUCCAGCCUGGCCGAUGCCCAGAAGGGCUGGCUGGCCAGACAGAGAACCGUGGUCGCUGGUCGGUAG